AGUUUAGAGAAAAUUAUUCAGCGAGACUUCUUUCCUGACGUGGAGAAGUUGCGAGCGCAGAAGGAAUAUCUGGAGGCCGAAGAAAACGGUGACUUGGAGAAAAUGAGACAAAUUGCUAUCAAGUUCGGCUCCUCCUUGGGCAAGUCAUCGAGGGAUACACCUGCACCUUAUGUUACUCCAGCUACGUUUGAAACCCCAGAAGUGCGUCCAGGUGGCGUUCCACUGGGAAAUAAAACCAAAGCGGGCACCAAAGCUGCAGAGGAAGGAGAAGCAGAAAAAGAUGAUAAAGAUGCACUUCCCAGUCUGGACACCUUUUUGGCAAAACACACAAGUGAGGAUAAUGCUUCAUUUGAGCAGAUCAUGGAAGUGGCCAAAGAGAAGGAGAAAGUCAAGCAUGCUUGGCUGUACGGUGCAGAAGAGGAGUAUGCCCAGCGACGAAAUGAGAACCUGAUGCUUCCUUCAGCAGAGCAGCAAGCUCUGGAGAAUGUGAAAGCCGGACUGGAGACCUGGGAGUACACGGCUCGAAACACCCUCAUGUAUUAUCCGACAGGUGUACCUGAUGAGGAUGACGUAUUUAAGAAGCCCAGGGAAGUUGUCCAUCGAAACACCCGUUUUGUGAAGGACCCUUUUAGCCAAGCUGUGAGCAAAUCACAGCUCCAACAAGCUGCAGCCCUCAAUGCUCAGUACAAACAGGGCAAAGUGGGACCAGAUGGGAAAGAACUCAUACCCCAAGAGUCUCCGAAAGUGAAUGGAUAUGGAUUUGUGGCUACCCCCUCUUUUUUGCCUGGUGUGAAUGAGUCUCCUUUUAUGACAUGGGGUGAAGUUGAAAGCACCCCUUUGCGCUUGGAAGGGUCAGAAACGCCGUAUGUGGACAGAACGCCUGGACCAGCCUUCAAGAUCCUGGAGCCUGGGCGUCGUGAGAGGUUAGGACUCAAGAUGGCCAACGAAGUGGCAGCUAAAAACCGAGCAAAGAAGCAGGAGGCGCUUCGAAAAGUGACAGAAAACUUGGCCAGCCUCACGCCAAAAGGGCUGAGCCCAGUGAUGUCGCCAGCUUUGCAGAGACUAGUGAACAGGACUGCAAGUAAAUACACCGACAAAGCCCUGCGAGCCAGCUAUACUCCUUCCCCAGCCCACACAGGCACUCCCGGUUACAAGACCCCAGCAAAUGGGCCUCAUACACCCACAAGCACCCCCCAGUCUAGGACAGUGUCUCAGACACCAGUAUCUCAGGACACUACAUCGAUCACAGACAACUUACUGCAGCUUCCUAAAAGAAAGAAGGUGUCUGAUUUCUUCUGAAUAGUCCAGUCACCAGCAGGUCGAUAGUGAACUGGCUGUGCUCAGCUGUCUGCAGACUGUGUGUUGGGAACAAUCGGUAGUAAGGGGUGUCUAGAUCCAGCUGCCGGAAUGGAAGCCA